UGGCCCCUCUCUCCUCCCACCGCCCAGGGGGCACCGUAUAUAUCCAUCCCUCCUCGCCCGCCUCGGGCAUUUCGGGGGCUCCCCCCUCCUGCCCCCCUUUGCCCGCCCAGGGAUGGAGCGUGGAGGGAAGAGGACGUGGGAUGCUCUUCUCGGGGUCCGCCUGGUCCCCCUCGUGCUGCUGCCGCUGCUGCAGCUGGCGGGGGGGGCCCCCCUGGGUCAGGGGCUGUACCCCAUGCCGGCCGGUGUCCUGCAAGCGCUGUCGAGCCGGGGGACACUGGUGCUGGAGGCGGCGCUGAGGAGCGCGCUGCUGGCGCUGGAGCGGGCGCUGGCUGAGCAGCAGAGGCAGCGGGGCGCCUGCGGGCUCUGUGCCCCCUGCCUCUUCCCCCCCUGCGCCAACCUCACCCGGCACUGCCCACCGCCAGCCGUGCCCCCCGCCGUGCCCCCCAGCUGCCAGGCCUUGCUGGAUGCCCAGGCGCUGCCCGAGCUGCCCCAGCGCAACUGGGCGCUGAGCCAGGCCUGUGCCCCCUACCAGCGCCUGUGCCCACCCGAGGGGACCCAGCACACCUGCACCCCGCUCAGCGCCCGGCUCUGUCGCCGUCGCCUCCAGGAGUGCCGGAUGGCAGCUGCGGCCCCCGGCCCUGAUGCGCCAGCGGAGGUGGUGAGGCCAGGGAGCUGUGGGCACCGUGGCGGACCCCAAGCCAACUCCACGGCCCCCCGAGGACGGAUCAUGGGUGGCAGCGUGGCCCCACGGGGGGCCUGGCCCUGGCUGGUGUCGGUGCGGCUCCACGGGGAGCUGAUGUGUGGAGGGGUGCUGGUGGGGCUCUCCUGGGUCCUCACCGCAGCCCACUGCUUUGCCGGGAACAGGAAUGAGCUGGCGUGGACAGUGGUGGUGGGUGACCACGAGCUGGGCAAGACGGGCACGGGCGAGCAGGCAGUGCCUGUCCGGCGCAUCCUGCCUCAUCCCAAGUUUAACCCCAAGACAUUUCAUGGGGACCUGGCACUGCUGGAGCUGGCGAUGCCGCUGGUCCCCUCGCCCACCGUCAGCCCCGUGUGCCUGCCCAGCAGCCCCAUGGAGCCCAGCCCCGGCACCGCCUGCUACAUCGCAGGCUGGGGGUCCCUCUAUGAAGAGGGGCCGACGGCCGACGUGGUGAUGGAAGCACGGGUGCCCCUGCUCAGCCAGGAGACAUGCCGGGGUGCCCUGGGCAGGGAGCUGCUCACCAACGCCAUGUUCUGUGCCGGGUACUUGUCAGGGGGCAUCGACUCCUGCCAGGGCGACUCGGGGGGCCCGCUGGCAUGCCAGGACCCCUCGUCGCACCGCUUCGUCCUCUACGGUAUCACCUCGUGGGGCGAUGGCUGCGGUGAGCAGGGAAAACCAGGCGUCUACACCCGUGUCACUGCCUUCGUGGACUGGCUCAGCCUCCAGAUGGACCCCGCCCCUGGCAGCCGGGAACCCAGCUGCUUUGACCUGCUGGCACUGGCCCAGCUGCCCCCCGAGCAGCAGCCACCCGAACGUGCCCGCCUCUGUGCCUUUUACGCCGGCUCCUGCCAGGCCCCCCAGGGCCAAGUCGCCUGCACCCGCCUGGCUGAGGAGACCUGCCACGCCAGGAUGAGACGAUGCGAGCUACACUCCUACGCCCAGACCUUGAUGGAUCUCCUGCGCCGGGCUGGGGACUUCAUCCGAAACCAGUUCGACUUCUCCUUCCUCACCCGUGCCCUGCCCCAGCUCCUGGGCAAGAUCUACGGGCAUCUCUUCCCCCACCGUGUCCGCAGGGAUGCCCCAGGUGGCCAACCCAGCCCCACGGCGGAAGGACCCCAGGGUCCCCCCACCAGGCAGGGGGCUGAGCGGCCACCCCCCUUUGCCGGGCUCUUUGGGGCUGUGGGGCCCCGGCUGCAGGACUGGGUGGAGGCGCUGAGGGCCAUGGCAGGGGAUAGCCCCCCGACACCCACCCCGGACAGGGAAACGUGGCUCUUCCUGCAGCAGGGAGAGGAGGUGGUGGAGGAGCUGGUGGGACAGGGACGAGCCUUUCUCACCCAGCUGCGGGCAGAGUUGGACUUCGGCAUCCCCCUCGAAGCCAUGGAGCCACAAUGGGCACGUGGAGAGCUGGCAGGGACCCCCAUGAGGGGGUCUGCACCAAGGGAGAAACGUGAGCUGGUGCCCACGGAGCUGCUGGGUGUGGAGGAGGAGGAGGAGGCAGGCACGGGAAGAGCCUGCCCUGGCCUCAACGAGUCGGCGGUGCGGGUGGCUGCGGUGCGGGAGCUGUACGCCUGGGUGCUGCGGGUGCCUGAGCCAGACCUGGCCAUGACUUUCCAGGAGAUCCUGGUGGACUUGGGUUCCAAAAACACCAAGGGACUGUACCGGGCGCAGGUGCGGGCCACGGUGGGGGGCCGCCCCACAGCCUUCGCUGGCCUCGUGGGGCUGGAGAGCGACUCGCUGGCCCGCAGCAUGCCCGGCCUCGUUGCUCUGGCGCUAGAAGCGCUGAAAACCUAAUGGUUCCCCUGGGGCACCCUGCCACCAUGGGGACAGGGUGCCGGGGCAGGGGUCACUCACAUCCUUCAAACACAGCCCCCUCUCCGGCUCAGGAUCUUCCACCCUUUUUUCCUCCAUCGUGCCUCAGUUUCCCUCUUACCACCGGCACUGCCUGAUCUCCCUGGGGCAAUGGGGUGCUGGGGGGCACCUGGAGCAUCUCAGUUGUGGAUCACAGCCUUCCUCUCCGCUGGGACUCCCACCUUGGCAAGCCCACCCCCACCCCAUUUUCCCCAGAGGCAUCUGGGCUGCUAUUUAUUUGUACAGAGAGGUUUAUUUUUCAAUAAAGAAGGGCUCUAUUUUCUGGUA